CAUGAAUUGAAAGAGUUAUUUUUAGUUUAGGGAGUUUUUUUUCUUUCCUUUUUGUGCCAUUUUAGGCAGUAAGCCUGGCUACGGCUUCACUUUCAUUUGAGCUCGGAGCAGCAUAACUACAUACAGUACUUGACUUGUCGCCAUGUCUACAGCCAUAGACCACGUUGAAUCAGAAUCUGGAUCGCCGGGAACACCGCCGCCGACACUGAACACUGAGCUGGAGCCGGCUGCACCAUCAGUCCCGGAACCGGAUCCGGACGAUGAUACUACUCAACCAACGGGAUCUCCACCAGAUAAUGCGGAAGAUCCGAAACCGCUUGAGGCGGAAGGCAAUGGAAUUCCUCCCGGUAUAGUGGAACCAGCCAAUCUGGAGCCCCCCUUUUUGUCGAUCCAGUCGAACGGAUCAGCCAAUGGCUCCGAAUUUAAGUCUAAUGAUUCUGAAGAUAGUGCCGCCCAAUCUAAUGAAGCCGAUAGCAAUCAGAAACUUCGGAAAGAUGAGGGUAGCCGAACUUUUACAAUGAGAGAAUUGUUAAAUGAGUUGAGGAAUGGUGGUGAUGAUUCGGAACCGCGCGAAGCUGACACUCCUCACAGUCAGGAAAGCAAUCGUACAGAUCACACUGAUGCUGCCUUGGAGCUGAUCAACAAUGUCACAGGUGCUGAUGAGGAGGGCCGGUCUCGCCAACGUAUCCUAACCUAUGCUGCUCGGAGGUAUGCUAGUGCACUAGACCGAAACCCAGAAGAUUAUGAUGCACUUUACAAUUGGGCACUAGUUCUUCAGGAAAGUGCGGACAAUGUUGAUCCAGAUUCCAGCUCACCUUCAAAAGAUGCUUUGCUUGAAGAGGCUUGUAAAAAAUAUGAGGAGGCAACUCGGCUUUGCCCUACACUCAAUGAUGCAUAUUACAAUUGGGCAAUUGCAAUCUCUGAUAGAGCAAAAAUGCGGGGUCGAACAAAAGAAGCAGAAGAAUUUUGGAAACAGGCAACUAAAAACUAUGAAAUUGCUGUCCAGCUCAAUUGGAACAGUCCUCAGGCACUCAACAACUGGGGACUGGCUCUGCAGGAACUCAGUUCAAUUGUCCCUGCUCGAGAGAAGCAUACAAUAGUUAAAACUGCAAUCAGUAAGUUCCGUGCUGCGAUUCAACUGCAGUUUGAUUUCCAUAGGGCAAUUUACAACCUUGGGACUGUUCUGUAUGGACUAGCAGAGGACAUGUCUAGAACAGGGGGAGCCAUGAGUUCUAAGGACAUAUCUGCAAAUGAGUUAUACAGUCAGUCUGCAAUUUAUAUUGCUGCUGCACAUGCACUCAAACCAAAUUACUAUGUUUACACCAGUGCUCUGAAACUAGUCCGUUCCAUGCUGCCUCUACCCUAUCUAAAGGUUGGAUAUCUAGCUGCACCACCUGCUGGAAAUCCACUUGCACCACAUAAUGAUUGGAAGCGUUCUCAAUUUGUUCUGAAUCAUGAGGGACUACACCAGAUCAACACGGUUGAACAAAGACGAAGCCUCUCCUCAAAUCCUGGAGAUAGCACGGGUUCGAGCAGCCAAGUUAUCAAAGUUGACGUGCCUGAUAUCGUCUCCGUGUCAGCAUGUGCUGAUCUAACAUUGCCACCCGGGGCAGGCCUCUGCAUUAAUACAGUUCAUGGACCUGUCUACAUGAUUGCUGAUUCAUGGGAAUCGUUGGACUGGUGGCUUGAUGCAAUACGUCUAGCUUACACGAUUUACGCUCGAGGCAAGAGUGAGGUUCUGGCAGGUAUCAUUACCGGCUAAUUUUGUGGGAGUAGCCUUAACUUUGCGAACCUGCUGACGUACAUGUAAUUAUGUGGUCUUUCAUACUUUUCCUACUUCCUUAUGCUAUGGAUGUAGUUUAGAGAACUAUAUAUACCUUGAGUCCAAGUCAAAAAGCUUGAAAUGAUUUCUUUUUUUAAAUUUUCAUUGACUUGUAGAGUUCUUUGCCUUUUCUGUUAUGCAUUAUCAAUGCAUGAUUCAUGAAUUCCGAUUGUCAAUUUUUGAUGUAAUUUUUAUUUUUAUUGUUUUGGAGGAAGAUCCAUGAUUUUCACUACAGAAAUGUGCAAAUGUGGUGAACUCACAAUAGUUCUGAAUAAUAACUAUAUAUUUUGCACCAGA